GUGCGCAGAACGCGCCUGGGGCCCUGGCCGGGCCUUCUCCUAGGCUCCUCCCCCUCCGGGCCCAGGCAGGCAAGGCAAGGCAAGGCAUGGGGGCGGGGAGUGCAGGAGGCCGAGGUCGGAGCCGCGCGGCCUGAGUGGGCCUUCAGGGCAGGCGAGUGAGGGAGGAAGGAAGGCAAGGAGGAUGCGACGGUGCUCGGUGCCGGCCCGGGGGUCGCCAGUCCCGCUCCUCUCCCUCCUCCUCGUCCUUGCGCAGGAGGCAGCCGGGGAGCCCUGCGCCGCCGCCGCCGCCGUGCCUUGUUCGUGCAGGCGAGGGCUGCUGGAUUGUAGCCGCCUCCGUCUGCCCGGCCGCGGCUUGGAACCGGGCCUGCUCUCGCCUUUGCCCCCCGGCACCACUGCCCUAGACUUGAGUCAUAACCAUUUGUUGUCUUCUAACUGGAGCAUUGAUUCACCAGGACAAAUGCUACAAGAUGUGAGGAUGAACUACAAUGAACUGACUGACAUUCCCUACUUCAGUGAAUUGACUUCUAAUAUUACAGUGCUUUCAUUAGUGCACAAUACAAUUCCAGAGAUUGUCCCUGAACAACUUCAGCUUUACAUAUCCUUGGAGAACCUUGACCUCAGCUCUAACCUCAUAUCUGAAAUCAAAGUAUCUUCAUUCCCACGGAUGCAGCUGAAGUAUCUGAAUCUCAGCAAUAAUCGAAUAACUACUCUGGAAGCAGGCUGUUUUGAUAACUUAUCCAGCUCCCUGAUAGUACUGAAACUAAACAGAAACAGGAUAAACAUGAUUCCACUGAAGACUUUCAGGCUGCCUCAUGUACAAUAUUUGGAACUUAAACGCAACCGAAUUAAAGUAAUAGAUAGCCUUACCUUCCAAGGCUUAGACUCCUUGAAGUCAUUAAAAAUGCAGCGCAAUGGGAUUAAUAGACUAAUGGAUGGUGCUUUCUUUGGAUUGGAUAAUAUGGAAGAACUAGAACUGGAACAGAACAAUCUGACAGAAGUCAACAAGGGUUGGCUGUAUGGUUUGAGGAUGUUACAACAGCUUUAUGUCAGUCAGAAUGCCAUUAACAGGAUUGGACCUGAUGCAUGGGAAUUCUGCCAAAGGCUUUCUGAACUAGAUCUGUCUUACAAUCUACUGACUCGCCUAGAUGAGUUUGCUUUUAUUGGACUGAAUUUAUUGGAGAGACUGAAUUUGAGUGAUAACAGAGUCAGUCACAUCGCUGACGGUGUCUUUAAGGGACUUUCGAAUCUUCAGACUUUAGACCUGAGGAAUAAUGAGAUCUCCUGGGCCAUAGAAGAUUCCGAUGAAGUAUUUGUGGGACUUGACCGACUCAAUAAAUUGAUUCUGCAAGGAAACCAAAUUAAGUCAAUCACAAAGCGAGUUUUUGCUGGUCUUCAAGCUCUUGAAUACCUAGAUCUGAGCAACAAUGCAAUUAUGUCAAUUCAAGAAAGUGCCUUUUCCCAGCCUCUUAAAGAACUGGCGUUGAACACUAGCAGUUUAUUGUGUGACUGCCAGUUGAAAUGGCUGCCAUCUUGGCUUACCCAGAACAAUUUGCAGGGUGCUGUUGAUGUCAUCUGCGCUCAUCCAGAAAGGCUGGCUGGGCAGAGCCUCCGCAGCGUGAACUCUGAAGCUCUUGUCUGCGAUGAUUUUCCCAAGCCACAGAUAAGAGUACAUCCUGAGACGACUGUUGCACUGAGAGGCACCAAUGUCACCCUGACUUGCAAGGCAGUGAGCAGUAGUGACUUGCCCAUGUCUACUACCUGGCGAAAGGACAGUGAAAUACUGUAUGAUGCAGAUGUAGAGAAUUUUGUCAGAUACCAGCAGCGAGAUGGGGAUGUUUUGGAGUAUACUACUGUGCUGCAUGUGUUCAAUGUAAACUUCACUGAUGAAGGAAAAUACCAGUGUAUCAUCUCCAAUCACUUUGGAUCCAAUUAUUCCAACAAAGCCAAGUUGACUGUCAAUGAGUUGCCUUCUUUUGUGAAAACGCCUAUGGAUUUAACUAUCCGGACUAGAGCCAUGGCUAAACUUGAGUGUGCUGCAGAAGGCCACCCUCCACCUCAGAUUUCCUGGCAGAAAGAUGGAGGCACCGAUUUCCCUGCUGCUCGUGAAAGACGCAUGCAUGUGAUGCCUGAAGAUGAUGUCUUUUUCAUAGCAAAUGUGAAAAUAGAGGACAUGGGAAUCUACAGUUGUAUGGCACAAAAUGUAGCAGGUGGUAUAUCAGCAAAUGCUACAUUGACAGUACUGGAAACACCUUCCUUUGUCAGGCCCCUGGAAGACAGGACUGUGGCCCAAGGUGAAACAGCAGUGUUGCAAUGUAUCGCUAGUGGUAGUCCUGCUCCUCGGCUAAACUGGACCAAAGACGAUGGGCCUCUGAUGGUCACAGAACGGCAUUUUUUUGCUGCUGCUAAUCAACUCCUCAUCAUUGUAGAUGCUGGAUUAGAGGAUGCUGGGAAAUACACCUGUGUUAUGUCCAAUACACUUGGUACAGUGCGUGGCCAUAUAUACCUAUAUGUCAUCUCUUCACCAAACUGUGACCCUUCCCAAGGUGGCAUUGGGAUUGAAGAAGAUGGCUGGACGACAGUUGGCAUUGUGAUCAUUGUUGUGGUGUGCUGUGUUGUGGGUACCUCUCUGGUUUGGGUCAUUGUUAUCUAUCAUAUGAGAAGAAAAAGUGAAGACUACAGCAUUACUAACACAGAGGAGGUAAACUUGCCUGCUGAUAUUCCCAGUUACCUGUCUUCCCAAGGAACUCUGUCAGAGCCUCAGGAAGGCUAUAGUAAUUCAGAGGCAGGAAGCAACCAGCAGCUAAUGCCUCCCUCCAGUGGUUACAUGCACAAAGGCAAAGAUGGUGGUACAGGGCCGUUGGUCAUCUGUUCAGAUUGCUAUGACAAUGCCAACAUCUAUUCCAGAACUAGAGAAUAUUGUCCUUACGCGUACAUCACAGAAGAUGAUCCACUUGACCAAACGUUGUCCAGUCUAAUGGUGCAAAUGUCCAAAGAGCCUUAUCCAGUGUGCCAUCGGCAUGAAGGCACCACUCUAGAUAGUCUCUCACUUAACAAUCAAGACAGAACACAUGAGAAGAAACCUUGCUCUCAACCAUGCAACAGUGCUCCUUUUCAGCUCUCUUUAUGGGGCAUCAAUAAAGACCUUGGGUUGUUGCAUCCUCAUUUCUCACCUCAACCAAAGACCCAUGAGGGACCUCAAAUUCUUCAAAAUGAAGGUAUCACAGAAGCUGAACAAGAGCAAGUUAUUUCCCCUAGACCUUGCCACAGGUUACAUGAACAUAAUUUUGAUUUUAAUAGGACACAGAACACACAGGAACAUCAUGAAGCCACCUAAAAAGUAUCAAAGUGGAAAACCUUAACAGCAAGCUUGGAGCAGUUGACUGUAUCUUUGCUACCUCAGGUUUUGCCCCAUGGCCAAAGAUGUUCCAUGCUUCUGUUAGGUUCAGCGGACCAGACUCGUGACUGCCUGCCAUAGGCAAAGAAUGGACAAGCAAUGAAAGACAGCCUUUCCUCUGUUGAGUUCCACUAAGUGGUACAUGUUAAAGCUCAGCAGUCCUAAGAACUAAAUAGUGGACUGGAGAGAACACGGUACAUUAAAGUAUCCCUGUUGCCUUGGAAACAGUCCCAUGAAAGUUUCAUAAGCACUUCUUUCUUGCUGAAGAAACCAACUACUGUACAAAGAGUCCCUUUGCAAGAUCCCUUGAUCAUCUUGAGCAUGAAGCUCUUGCUGGCCUCACUUGGUUCUUGUAAUAGCUGACAGAAAUGUACAUCACUUUGUUCAGUCGCAAAUGUUAUUUGCUCUCUCUCUGGUAAAAGACUUCAGUUGUAAAUACAUUUAUAUAAUAUAAAUAUUUUGUAUACACUACUAAACAUAUAAAUGUCAGGCUGAAAUGUACAUUUUGUGUUAUGCCAAAAAUUACAUUGUGUUGUACCAUUGCGGCAUCUGCUGACCAACCCGUAAAAUACAACAAAUGGUUGUUUCAAAGGAUUAAAGGCUUAUGGGCUGAUUCAUACAGUCAUCUGUUCCACACAGUAACCGCAGUUAUCUCUUGCUAUCCUAGUGAGUGGAAUUUUUCAUUCUAUGAUGGGUCUUUUCACAGUCUAGUAUGAGGGCUCUUAGUAAGAGUACAGAUCACACAUGAAAAGGGCUUCAUGUGAAUCAGUCCAUAGGCUCUGAAGCAGGAGCAGGUGCAUGUGAUCGGGGCCACAAGCGAUUCUUUUGUGUAAACUUUUAAGUUAUUCUUAAAAUGCUGCAGUUACAAGCUGUUUAACUUAAGUGGUCAUGCUCUAAACUUCACGGCUUCUUAAAAAGGUCAAUAGUAUGACUGCUCAAACCUUUAAAAACUGAACUGGUGACUUUUGUGUAAAUGAGCUACCGUGGAUCUGAUAAAACUUAAACAUGACUUCAAAACCAAUGUUUUUGGUGAGACCUGUUCACACACAAGGCUGUGAGAAAUGAAGAAGUGAGUGCACAUGGUGAGAAUUGGUCUUGAGAAGUCAAAUACUAAAUAUUGAUGGUUAGCUUAAGAAGUUUGGGUCAUUUCCAGCUGGCACAGCAGGAGUGGAAAGAAAGUUAACCACACUUUCUAACUUACUGUUUUACUCCAUAAUGAAAGGUCAUACAUGGCAGAUGAUUAUAACUAACAUAAAUCUGAAAAGCAACCACAGGAAAAAGUAGAUUAUCUUUAAAGAAAAAGGCUAUACAGCUAGUAUUACUGAUCUUUCUGGUUAAGACAUUUCAGAGUUCUGGAACACAAGUUGAGGAAAUCUAAGCUAUAAAUAUGCCAUCAUCAUAAGCAACUACAUUUGCCAUAGCCAAUCAUCAGCCAUAUUGAGACAAAAAUAAAACUUAAAAACUAUAAUGCUGUAUUGAAAUAAUAAUAAAAAUGGAAAAAGUAUCAGUGCAAUUUUAGGCAUGUCUACUCAGGUGUAAGUCCCACUGGAUUCAAUGAGUUCAGAUCAGUGGUUAUAGGAUUGUAGCCUAAAUGUGAAAAUUAGCCACAGUUUUAAGUUCUGUGCAGUAAAUAGGCUCAUUAAUCUUUCUGUACUGUUCAGUAAAAGAUGCUGCCUGAACUAUUUGGGCAUCAUUUUAUAUUAAGAUGAUGGUGGGUAUGAAAGGCUUACCAGGGUAAUUAUAGUCCCGGUUAAUUGAAUUAAUUUGCAUAGAGCUCAUUAUGAAUCAGGCUUGGCUAGUGUAAUUGUUGGUUUCUUUUUAGCAGUUGGAAUUCUGGUAUUCUUUUGUUACUGUGUGCGUCCUGUCAUAUAAAACAGGAAAUUUUGGCUGGAAAUAAUGGUACUCUUCUUUUUAACAUAAGACUAAUUAGCAGAUUUGUCUCAGUUACACUACGUCCUGAGCCAGGUACCUAAUCUGUACAAGUGCAAGCUCCAUAUAUGGUAGGUCCUUGCCUUUUAUUUCUUGGCUGCUUUAGAAGGUGUGGACCCCUCCUGCUUCUUAUUCAUGCUUAAUCAUUGUUUCUCCAAGACUUGCAAAAUUGCAAAGCCCCAUCCUCCAAAAGUGUCUGAGGUUUCCAAAGUGGUCUUCCGAUUGUCUACGAGAAGCCUUAAACUUCUUUCUGGGGCAAAAAAGGUUAGUCGUUCAUUUCAGUUGGGUUCACUUCAAAGCCCUCAAGACAGAUGAACAGAAUUAGAUUUAUCACUGCUCCAUGUCUCCCCCUCCCUGCUUGCUGCCUUAUUAUCUAUGAAAUGUCUUAUCUGACUUAAAACAACUAAAAUGAAAAUACUGAAUAUGCAGUUUUUGCACGUGGUGAUCAUCCAAAUAACAACAGCACUUUACUUUCAUCCCAGAUGUUUGUAAGUUAUGCAAUCUGUCCCAUUUGAGCAGCCUUUGUUGAAAUACUGGGUACUUUCUAAGGAUAUACAAGUAGGACGAUAUCUGAAACAAAUCCAGUCUGCUUCAUGCCUUUGAGGAGAGAGUAACUGUGGCAUGAAUCACACCUUUGUAAACUAAAUGAAAAGUAUGUCAGAGUGAUCCUCUGGGGUUAAAAUCACCCAGUCAAGGAAGACUGUUCUGCAGUAGUAUCUCAAUGUUGCUGAUUCUGCAUGUUCAGUAGUUCAUACCACUAGAACAGUUAAAGCAUUCUUUUCCUACUUGAUAAAAAGUUGUUCCAGUAAAUGAGCAAGUUAAGAGAGCAGGAACCUGCCACUAAUGAAUCCAUUCAGCAUAAGACAUACAGUAUUGUAAAGCAAGGCUGGAAAAGCAUAUGGUUGGGGAAAGGACACUUAAUUUUGAAACAUGAAUUAUUCACCUACCUGUCUGUUUCCAAAAAGAUCUGUAUUAAAAUUGUAAGGAGGAACGUUAUUCCACUAAUACUGUUCCUCCCUCCCAAUGCCAAAGUAUUUGUAGCUGGACAUCCAUGUGGCAGUGCAGACCAAUAGCUCUUUGCCUGUACCUGUCUUUCCUUGUAUCUAUUUAUAUUUUCUCAGUUAUCAGAAUGUAUAUUUUGUAUAGCAUGUGUAAAAUGUUUGUCUGUUGUAACAUAUCAUCAUCCAAUAAAGUGACACACAGUGAUCUGC